GCAAUAUCCGUUGAUUUUACGAGAGCGCCUUAUUUGAAAGUUCCAAGAUUACAAAUCUGUAAACGUCACUAUGGGAGAUGAUUCGGAGUAUUUCAUGCACACUGAAGACGAAAGAUUGAAAUCGUUCAAGAAAUGGCCAUUCAAGACAGGAAGUUGUUCACCGGCAAAGAUGGCUGCUGCUGGAUUCUACCACUGUCCAACCAAAGAAGCACCCGAUGCCUGUAAAUGUUUCGUAUGCUUCAAGGAACUUGAAGGAUGGGAGAGGAAUGAUAACCCAUGGGAUGAACACAGGAAACAUUCCUCAGCUUGCAUAUUUUUAAACUUGGACAAACCAGUUGAAAAAUUAACCAUGGAGGAAUUUGUUCGCUUAUUAAUGCAGAUACAGAAGAACAGAAUGAUUAAAAAAUUUGCUGCUCUGAAGAAGGAAGUUGAAGAAAGUUCUGCAAGUGUGGAAGCCACUCUGGAGUCCUUUCGUACCUGAAUGGGAUUCUUGUAAUUUUUAAAUUAUUCUGAGAUAAAAACUGACACAGACUAGGAUAUGCCAUCCUUCAAUACCAGUCAGAGACAAUAUGAUGGAUUGCAAUGGAUCCGGUUUCCUUCCAUGUUUUUUUUUUUUUUUUUUUUAAAUUUUGUUUAUUCAUUUUCAGAAGCAUGUGUCACAAUCUGCAUUACAUGUAUAUGAACCUGAAGAAUGCAGAUUAUUGAUUUAUAACAUUGUUCAGGGGUUUAAAGUAAAAAGCCAUUACGAUUUUGUGCUACAGAACUCAAUCAAUGUAGCAUAAAUAUUCUAAAUACCUAUACAAUAAUUGUAGUUUAAGUGGAAGAAAUAGCUUCAUUAUUUUUACUAUGGUGACAUUUAUUAAAAAUCAUAUGAUGCAAUAAUUAGAAAUAUUUACUUAUAAAUAGAUAUAUGCUUAAAUUUGCAUUAUAUUACAUUAUUACCAAAUACAUAAUCUUAGAUCAGGGAUCUUAGAAAUUUGCAUGUUAAAUGAGAGUAUUUUGGUAAAGAUUUGUGUGAUUUCUGUCCCCCAGAAAAUGGAAAUGUAGUUUUUUGGGGGAUCUGAGUUUUUUUUAUAGUUAGAGUUAGUUAUAUAUCAAUACAGGAAAAUCUAGUGUGGUAAUAUACUGUUGUAAAUUUGUCAAAUUGUCACACUUUGUAUUAAGGUCCCAUUCUCAAGAUUAAUGAAUCUAUCCUGGAUUUAAAAUUAUUAUUUUUUCAUAUUUUUUGCCAAUUUUAACUUUGAAGUUAAAAUCUUAAGGCUGAAGUGUCUGUUUACACUAUCCAUAGAUAGUUUCAGGCUUUUUUUUUUAUCUUUUUAUUAACUUGAUUGAUGUGUAUAUUGAAUUAGAAUUCAAACACUGAAACACUGUUUCCUUUUCUUUCCUCUGAUGAAUUUUUGUCUUUCUUACAAUCUCUUUUUAGGCAUUUUCUUCUUCUACAAAUCUCUUGUCUUCUCUUUCUUUCUCUUGUUCUGUCUGCACUAAUAACUGUGAUAUUGAAAGCAUAUCACAAAGGUUGGAAAAUGUCAGUCACAAUCUCAACACAUAGGCCAUACAUAUGUUUUAUACAUUCAUGAUACUGUAAAUAUACAUGGCUUCAUUUUCUGUCAUAAGGAAUCUUGAUUUAAAUAAUUUCAUGAAAUAUUGAUCCAGAUAAGAUACAUUCAUCCUAUCUUAAAAUUCUCUUAUAAACAAAUUUUAUAUUGAUCUUCCUGUGCCAAUAUUUUUGUACCUAUGUCUGAAGUAUCCUUCAAAAUAUUUGUUUUGUGUAAAACCAAGAAAAAUUCAAGCAGACCAACUACGUGUCUCAACAUGUCUAAAUUCUGGUAUUGGGGUCAGAGGAAACAAGGGUUUACCAACCCUGGAAAUUGUAUGCAACAUUAUUAUGAAUUUCUAUGACGAUACAUUUCUGUAGAAAAUUGUUUUUUGCUGAAAUAGUUUCUGACAUUUUAAAUUGAACAAUUUAUCUGCAGGAUAAACCCAUGCCUGGUAAUAAGCCCAUCCAUUUGCAGUUCAUUAUAAAAAGUUUUAACAAAACUUAUUUCAUUGACCGGCAAUAAGUACAUCUCCUUUUUUUUGACAACGUUGAUGUGAUAACACCUUUGAAUUAUCAAAAGGUAGAUAACACGACAGAAACUGAAGUCAUGUUUUUCAUAGCCAUUGCUUUAAAUAAUGGGUUAAAUCACAGGGACUUGGCAUAAAUUUCAACCUACGGUCCAUAUAUAUAUGCAUAACAGUAAUAUGUUGAAUAUUGCUGGGAUUUGUGCCAAGUCCCUGUGGGUUACAUGCCAAUAUAUGUAUCAUCAUAUGAUUAUGUAACAUUCUUUUAUAAUUUGUAAAGUUGAGAAUAAUUAUGACAAUAAAUAUUGCUAUGUAUAAAUAA